GCAGACCGGAUGACGGCGCCGCUGAUCAAACACAGCUGCGCGUGAUCAACUCGUCUGAUCAGGUGCAGAAGAGGGCUGGGAAACUUCAGCUUGACUUUAAAUUCGCUUGUAGUAAACGCAGUCAAGUAGAAACUAAGAUGCGUUAAACCGAAGAGAGAAGAAAUGGCACUGGAGCUCGUAGCCAACGCGGCGGCUGCUGUCGGCGGCCUCGCUGCAGGUGUUAUGAACUUUUUCACUGAUAUGUUCCUCACACCACCGCUGAAGGCCACUCUCAACCACCUGGAGGAGACUGAACUGAAAACUCUGAAAGGAGAAACAAGGAUCCUGAAAGCUAAGUCUCUGUGGGAGAAGUCUGGAGCUGUUAUCAUGGCAGUGCGCCGACCUGGAUGAUUUUUGUGCAGAGAGGAGGCUGCAGAGCUGUCCUCUCUGAAGCCCCAGCUCGACGAGCUCGGGGUCCCGCUGUACGCUGUGGUGAAGGAGGACGUCGGCACCGAGGUCCAGAACUUCAGACCGUACUUCAAGGGGGAGAUUUUCUUGGAUGAGAAGAGGCGGUUUUAUGGGCCCCGUGAGCGGAAGAUGGGUCUCCUGGCGUUCUUGCGCGUCGGGGUGUGGAUGAACGGCCUUAGGGCCUUUAGGAACGGCUUCAUGGGAAACGUUUUGGGAGAGGGCUUCGUCCUCGGUGGGGUCUUCGUCAUUGGGCAAGGACAGCAGGGAAUUCUUCUGGAGCACAGAGAGAUUGAAUUUGGAGAUAAAGUCAACAUUGAAGACGUCAUCCGAGCUGCCAGAAGAAUAUCACAAGAACUUCUGCCUUUAGAGAGCAAAUAAUGUUUUGUGUCACCCCUGAUAAGAAUCUCAUCAGAACCAUAUAAAUGACCUGCAGAUAUAAAAAUGAUCAGAUAAAAUAACAGAUUUCAUGUAAGAAUCUGUGUAAAUGCACAUCAGAUUAGUGAGUUUGUUGGUGUACGGGUCUCAGGGGAAAAACCAGGAAGCAUUUUGGAGUAUGACUGUGCAGUAAGAGGCUCUGAGUGUGUUAAUGAUGGUCUGUCUUUAAACUCGAGAGAGGAAGCAGACCUGAUGUGUAGCACUCAGUCUCCUGCAUAACCCUGUGAUACUUGUUGUCUUGGGAGCCAGGAACCUGUGACCUUUUCACCAA